UUCUAAACCAAAACUAGAUUUAAAAAUGUUUCAGAUAAUUGGACUGAAAUAGCUGAAGUACCUAGUGUAGUGUAGAUAGGCCUGUGAUCAACCAGUUUUUGACAUUAAACAGUUUGAGGAGUUCCAGUUUGAUGGAUCUAAUAGACCUCAUACGAAUGAUUCUUGACAUGGUUGGAUUAGAUCUGUUUGAAAUGCCUCAACCUGUAUGGACUGUUGGUAGACAAAGAGAUGGAAUGUCUCCUCGUUAUCAUAAUAUUGUUCGUAGAAUUGGAAGUGCUCUACCUAUAGAGGGAGCAAAAAGGAUACAUAUACAGAAGAGUUUAGUUGGGUAUAAACAAGAGCCAAAAGCCAUAGCAGAGAGAUGUCCAAACUUGGGUGACCUUAGUUGGGUGAUGAAAUACAAUGGAGACAGCUGCAUUGUCGUCAAGGGGACUGAAUUUGACAGAGAUGAUAGUUCAUCAUUUGGGGAUGAUACAUUAUUAAAUGAGGAGCCCCUGAGAUGCUCCACUCCCCUGAACCAGACCACUGACUCCACUGUUUACCACACACCAGAUGUUAAAGCCAUGGAGAAGAUCAGUCAGCUUGAAGAUGAGCUUGCCAAGAUGAGAGCCCAGAUUGCUAGUAUUGUAAUGGCUCAAGAACAGAGCACUGUUACUCCAAGUGUCGCUGACAAUUCACAUAUAGGAGCUGCUGGGCCGACUGUUCCACCACCACCACCAGCGCCACCUAUGGGUGGUCCCCCACCACCCCCUCCUCCUCCUCCCCCAAUGCUGGCCCUACCCACAAAGUCCAUCAAUGAUAUCAUCAGAGAGAACAAAGCCAAGUCAGGUGGUGCAGCUGGCAGUUCAAACACAAAGCCCCAGGCAUCAUUGCCAAAUAUGAGUGAUGUUCUUAAAGGAUUAGGAAAAGUCAAAUUAAACAGAGUCAAAAGGUCCCCAGGAGGAACACCACUGCGCCAGAAACCACUCAUUUCUGACUCGAGCGAUCCAGCCUCUAUGAUCGCCGCAGCUCUCAAGAAAAGGUUUGCCUCCCAAAGACGUCUAGCAACUCCACCAUCCACUCCAGAGCAAGAUAAAGAAAACAGUGCAAAUGGGUUCUCCCCAUUAGCGUCCCCAACACAUAUUGCAGUGAAAAGUGCCAUGCCUGACAAUCCAGUGGUCCCAGGGCCGCAUCUUUUGAAAAAUCGGAGGAAAUCAGGCUCAAAGAGACUUUCUGGAGGUUUAUCUCCCUCAAAGCGAAGAUCCUUAACAACUGUGAAGGAAAACCAAUGUGCAAGUCCUUUAUCAACUGUCAAUCAAAAUACAAUUGUUCCUAAUUAGGGAGGGGUUUAUCUAAAACAUAUGUUGUUGUUGUAAAAGGACAUGACAGUUCACUGAAGAGACUAUUGACUAUUGCAAUUAAAGGGACAUUCCUCACAUCAUUUUAAGAGUAUUCAUCAAUUGGACGAGAGACCAUUGCAAUUAAUGAGUCACUCAUAUUAUUUAAGAGUAUAUCAUCACUUAUUUGAUAGAUUGGUGAUUAUUAGAAAUUGAUCUCUGUAUUAUCUUGAUCAUUUCUACUACUCCUAAAGUAACUGUGGAAUGGUUAAUAGAAUCUUGAUGAUUUAGUUUCACAAAAAUGAAUUUGAAUUGUAUGGUGCUGUGGAAUUUCAAGAUUUUAAUAUCAAACAAGAGUGAAAACUAUUUUAGUAAAUUGGUUACUCUGCUCAAAUAUCAACUCAGUUUAAAACAAUUUUAAAAUGUAAAAUCAUGUUUUACAAU